CUUGUUUAACGUAAGAGGACACCGGUGGAGGACGUUAUAUGUAACUCCUGAUCAAUAAAAUCCCCUCGUCCACAAGAGUUUGCCAUCAGCUAAUCGGAAAUGUUUUCUCUCUCCACUACCCUACAGCCGCAGGUAACAGUCCAGCUGAGUCACCUCAUCAAUGCUCUGCACUCGCUGAAGGGGUCAGUGAGCAGCAAUACUUCAGUCAGUCACAAACACAGAGAGAACACGCCAGAACAAGAUCUGAACAGCACCGAGCCGUCGCUGUCCCUCAGAGAUUUGGGUCUGUCAGAUCUCGGUCUCGUCCAGAUAGAUGAGCUGCUGGAGAAGCUUCUGCCUCGUGUUUCUCAGCAGGACUCGCAACUGAAGACUGUGCCAGAUAUCUGGAGGACUUCUCAUCUCUCUUCUGACUCUUUCUUUCACAACAAACAUGGGUUUUCAAGAAUGGGUGGUGUCACUCCGGUGUUCUCAAGGCAAAACCAGUCUCCUCUCCAAACUCUCUGCACAGAUCUCAACUAUUUACCUUUGUUGGUCCAAAAUCGAGGCUUUAAAACCCUGAAGUCCCGAACACGACGCCUGCAGGGAGGUUUUGAGGGUCCAGUGGAGCCUGAGGGAAUUACACCGUCAUUUAUGAAGGGUUUCCUCACACGUGAUAAAGGACCAGACGUUGAAACACUGGAAAAACUCCUUAAAAACAAAAAUAUUCCCGAGGGUCAACAUGAUGCUUUUAAGACUGGUUUUGCCGAGGGUUUCCUCAAAGCUCAGGCUCUUACACAGAGAACCCAAGAAUCGCUUAGGAGGACCAGACUCAUACUGUUGGUGCUUCUGCUGGUGGGCUUGUAUGGACUCUCCAAAACACCUUUCUUAUCAGUGCGAUUCCGAACUACAUCAGGCCUGGACUCUGCUGUGGACCCGGUCCAGAUGAAGAACGUCACCUUUGAGCAUGUGAAGGGUGUGGAGGAGGCCAAGAACGAGCUGCAGGAGGUGGUGGAGUUCCUGAGGAACCCACAGAAGUUCACCGUUUUAGGAGGAAAGCUGCCUAAAGGAAUCUUGUUGGUUGGGCCUCCGGGAACAGGAAAGACCCUGUUGGCACGUGCUGUGGCGGGUGAGGCGGAUGUGCCUUUCUACUACGCAUCUGGAUCAGAGUUUGAUGAGAUGUUUGUUGGAGUCGGUGCCAGUCGAAUCAGAAACCUUUUCAGAGAAGCUAAAGGAAACGCUCCUUGUGUUAUCUUCAUUGAUGAGCUGGACAGUGUCGGAGGAAAGAGGAUCGAGUCUCCCAUGCACCCCUAUUCUAGACAGACAAUCAAUCAGCUGCUUGCAGAAAUGGACGGGUUCAAGCCAAAUGAAGGCGUCAUCAUAAUUGGAGCAACAAACUUCCCUGAAGCUUUGGAUAAUGCUCUGAUCCGGCCCGGUCGUUUCGAUAUGCAGGUCACUGUACCCAGACCAGAUGUGAAGGGCCGCACAGAAAUCCUCAAGUGGUACCUUAAAAAAAUUAAAGUGGACUCCGCUGUGGAGGCAGAGGUCAUUGCUCGAGGAACGGUUGGCUUCUCUGGUGCCGAGCUGGAGAAUCUGGUAAAUCAGGCUGCACUCAAGGCUGCUGUGGACGGCAAAGACAUGGUGACCAUGAAGGAGCUGGAGUUUGCUAAAGACAAGAUACUGAUGGGGCCAGAACGCAGGAGUGCAGAGAUCGACAAGAGGAAUAAAGAGAUCACGGCGUACCACGAGUCAGGCCAUGCUAUUAUUGCGUACUACACCAAAGACGCCAUGCCCAUUAAUAAAGCUACUAUUAUGCCCAGAGGCCCAACUUUGGGUCAUGUGUCCAUGCUUCCAGAGAAUGACCGCUGGAGUGAAACCCGUGCUCAGCUUCUGGCUCAGAUGGAUGUCAGUAUGGGCGGUCGAGUUGCAGAGGAGCUCAUUUUUGGCAAUGAAAAUAUCACCACAGGAGCAUCAAGUGACUUUGACAGCGCUACAAAAAUAGCUAAAAUGAUGGUGACCAGAUUUGGCAUGAGUGAAAAGUUGGGUGUGAUGACAUACAGCGACCUCACCAAGCAGAGCCCAGAAACUCAGGCAGCCAUUGAACAUGAAGUUCGGAUACUUCUGAGGGAUUCCUACGAGCGUGCUAAAGCUCUCCUGAAGUCCCGCGCUAAAGAGCACAGAAACCUGGCGGAGGCUUUACUGCGCUACGAGACAUUGGAUGCCAAAGAGAUUCAGCUGGUCUUGGAGGGAAAGGCUAUAAACAGCAGAUGAAGAUGCAGCCGAACCCUGAAACACAUGAAUGUACAUAUGCAACCGAGAGCUUGGUAGACCUACACUCCCCAUUGGUAACGUUUGUUUUCUGAGCCAGAUCUCUGAAGUGAGUCUCUAAGGAAGGCAUUACAAACUCGAUCCGUGACAAUUUGACUCGUUUAUUACAUAUUUCAAAGUUGUUUUUCUUCUGUACCAUUGCGUUGACUAUAUAGGUGCUGCCUUAUUUGUAGUGGUGCAGAAGCUGAUGUUGAAAAUAAAUCCGUAAGCUGUCAAGUUCACUAUAAAGUCGCCCUGUUUGAGCCGAACUAAGUUUGACCUAUGAGAAAUGCAACGAGUUUCUCACUAAGAGAGACUGGAAUGUUUUCGAAGCACUUUGUUAGUGGAACGUUUAGCUUUAUUUGUGUGUUACGUGAUAUAAUAUCAUAUUCUCUGCUCCCGAACAAUGCUGCUUGAGAAUACCUUUAGUUGGAAAAUGUCAACGCUUUAAAAAAAUCUGGGUUUAAAAAAACGAAACAUUAACAGAUAUACAUAUAUCGAUAAUCCUUCCCGUGAAGCAUUUUUUGUUUCUAAAAAAUGUCUAAUAGACGUGUAAACAUAGUCGUCUUGGCCAAAACAAGGCAAAAUUUGGGCUGUCGUGAAAAUCGAAUAGAUGUAUAAGAAUAGGCCAAAACUAGACUAGUCGUCAAAUAGACGGAAAUGAAUGACUACACAUAUUAAGUCCGUCUAACUGAUGACUAGUCUAGUUUUGGGCUAUUCAGAGAUGUCUAUUAGAUUUAUACCGACAGCCCAAGUUUAGCCUUGUUUUAGUCAAGCUGUCUACGUUUAAAUGUCUAUUAGACGUCUAUUAAACACAAAAUUGUUUGCUGGGUUGGGUCAAGUUUUUGUUGAUUGGUUUAUUUCUUUAAAGGAGUAGUUCAUGCAAAAGUGUAAAAUUCUGUUAUUAAUUAAUCACCCUUGCGUCGUGUCAAACCACUGAGACCUUCGUUCAUCUUAAGAAAACAAGUUAAGAUAUUUUAGAUGAAAUCCUGGAGCUCUCAUCCUCCAUAGACAACAAGCGUCCCGAGAUGAUGCUCAAAGAAAAGUACCCAAAAAUAGUCAAAACAUUCCAUGCAACACCGCAUUCGUGUGACUAGAACACUGUAAAAAUGACUUAUUUCACCAAUAUUUUUGGUUCCUUUACUGAAUUUUAAUAUCUGUGGACCGUUCCUGAUUAUGGAGGAUGAGAGAGCUCCAGGAUUUCAUCUAAAAUCCAUUUUAAUUUGUAUUCUGAAAAUAAACAAAGACCUCGGUGUGUUUUGAAUGAAAUGAGAGAGUAGUUAAUAACAUUUUUUAUCCAUCACAGGACUAUUUUAAUCCAGUCUGGAUCAUCAUGUUCUAUACAUCAGUUUAAAUAUAUACACCAAUCAUAAGACGAAAAAGGGAGCCGUAUUUCAUUCAUUUCUCAGUGAUUACGUUGGGUUCACUCAGCUUUAUUCUACAUUAUUUAUUCAUGUACAGUAGCUUUACAUCUCUACAUUUACCUUGCCUCAUUGUUAUGUUUGCCUUUUACCCAAGCUCGUUUUAGUUGUGUAUAUACCGUAUAUAUUUAUAAUCAAUAAAUUCGAAAGCGAGGAUGUUGUAUAUAAGUGUAAAGAUUGAUUUUAGUCUUGAGCUCUGCCUGGGUUGUAAUUGAAAAUGACUUCUUGUUUUGUUUGUUUGAUGCUGUCGCACAUUUAUUAAUGACUGGGAGCUGAACUGAAUAAAAGAAACAUCCCUACACAAAAA